AUGUAUUUAUUUGUCAGCACUUUUAUAACUAUCCCUAAAAUCCCUAUUUCUCUCACACUCUGCUAUAGAAAACGCGCUCCGACGGCUGCUCUAAGACGAAGGCUAUUGUUAAUUUCCUAAGUGGCCUUCUCUUCUUUGCGCCUUGACUUUACAAUUUGAUAUUGAGAGCGACCUAUCUAAAGCUGCCAAAAUGUCUAGAAAGGGUUUGAUGGAGCAGGAUUUAAGCAAGUUGGAUGUAACACAACUACAUCCACUCUCACCUGAGGUUAUUUCUCGCCAAGCUACUAUAAACAUUGGUACCAUCGGUCAUGUGGCUCAUGGUAAGUCAACAGUGGUGAAGGCCAUAUCUGGUGUUCAGACUGUUCGGUUUAAAAAUGAAUUGGAACGUAAUAUCACUAUCAAGCUCGGAUAUGCCAAUGCAAAGAUAUACAAGUGUGAAGACGAUCGAUGCCCUCGACCCAUGUGCUACAAGGCAUAUGGAAGUGGAAAAGAAGACAGUCCAGCAUGUGAUGUUCCUGGGUUUGAGAAUGCCAGGAUGAAAUUGCUUAGACAUGUGUCCUUUGUCGAUUGCCCGGGUCACGAUAUUCUCAUGGCUACAAUGCUUAACGGGGCAGCAAUUAUGGAUGGAGCUUUGCUUCUAAUAGCUGCCAAUGAGAGUUGCCCUCAACCUCAAACUUCAGAACAUUUAGCUGCUGUUGAAAUCAUGCGUCUCCAACAUAUCAUAAUUCUUCAGAAUAAAGUUGACCUUGUUCAGGAAAAUGUUGCUAUCAACCAGCAUGAAGCCAUCCAGAAAUUUAUUCAGGGAACUGUCGCAGAUGGUGCACCUGUGGUACCAAUUUCUGCGCAGCUGAAGUAUAAUAUUGAUGUUGUAUGCGAAUACAUUAUCAAGAGAAUUCCUAUCCCAGAGAGGAAUUUCAUUUCACCACCAAAUAUGAUUGUGAUCAGGUCUUUUGAUGUCAAUAAGCCUGGGUCUGAAGUUGAUGAAAUCAAAGGUGGUGUUGCUGGUGGAAGUAUUUUGAAGGGUGUUUUGAAGGUAAACCAAUUUAUCGAGGUCCGUCCAGGUAUUGUUGUGAAGGAUGAAACCGAUAACAUCAAGUGCACACCUAUCUACUCCAGGAUUGUUUCCUUGUACGCAGAGCAAAAUGAAUUACAAUUUGCUGUGCCUGGAGGCCUUAUUGGAGUUGGGACAACAAUGGACCCCACACUUACACGUGCUGACAGGUUGGUCGGCCAGGUUCUUGGAGAAGUCGGUUCACUCCCUGAAAUCUAUGUUGAACUUGAGGUGAAUUUCUUUUUGCUGAGGCGAUUGCUAGGUGUCAGGACAAAGGACUCAGAAAGGCAGGUUAAGGUGUCGAAGCUGACAAAGGGAGAGAUUCUCAUGUUGAACAUAGGAUCCAUGUCAACAGGUGCACGUGUUGUUGCUGUGAAGAAUGUUUUUGCUAAACUACAGCUGACUUCCCCUGUGUGCACAAGCAAAGGAGAGAAAAUAGCACUGAGCCGAAGAAUCGAUAGGCACUGGCGUCUGAUUGGCUGGGGUCAAAUCCAAGCUGGCAUUACUCUCGAGGUUCCCCCCUGUCCCAUCUAAGUGAACUAGUUCUCUACUGAAUUUACACCGCAAACGAGAGUAGAAGAAAAACAGACAACUAGAUGGGAACAAUUUUUGUUCGAUGGAGGAGAAAAGAUUUUUUGGAUUUCCGGAUACUUAUGUGUUUAUUUUUUUUUAAAUUUCGUUUUUUUGCUUUUAAUAUUGUUUGUCUGAAGUUGGUUUAAUUGCAUUUUGGACGUUGAGUGUUAAACUAAAAACCAAUCUGUUGCAGUAUGAUUCUUGUAUGCAAAUUGUCUUGAGUAUGGCCAUUUACGAAUAUUUUGGACUUUAGUAGGCCCAAUUUCGAUUUCUGUAAAAUUAUGGGCUUUUUUUAUAUUUGAAAUAGAAAAUUAUGGGCUUCUUUUA